AGAUCAGACUCCAUUUUGAGAUGGAGGACAGAAAUAACUUGUGGUUUUAAGACAUAAGAUUUCUGUUGUGUUUCUACAUAAUGAAAUUGGAGUGGUGCCCUCAGUGAUGAAUAGAUGAAUAAAUAAAGUCUUAAUCAGGCCUCAGGGUGCAGCAUUAGGGUGUGGGUGUGUCUGCAGGGGGCAGAGAGGAUGGAAGGUGGACAGAUUGAUUUCUCAGCUCUUGGGGAAAAGCUGAUCUUUAGCCAUAAAGUGGUUGUUCACUUUCUGUAUCUGCAGCGUUUCCCAGACGGUAGCGGUACAAACAGUUUGUGUCCUGGGUGGGUGGGAUCAUCAGCAGCAACACAACUGGCCUUCCUUUGCAGUCUGCCAGUAUAUAUUAGGUCCAGGUUCGGUAACUGACUCCCCACCAUCCACUGGGCCGUUUUCACCACCUGGUCCAAGUCCUUUUGUCCUGGAUGGUGCAGUUGUCGUCCCACCCAGUCGUGCUGAGGCAGAGGAUGCUCUCCAUCACGGCUCUGUAGACGUUCUUGAGCCACUGAGCAGGAAGUCCAGCCCUGUUCUACUUCCUGAGGAAGAAGAGUCUUUGUUGGGCCUUCCUCGUCAGAACAGAGGUGUUCAGUGACCGGGUCGGGUCCGAGGUGAUGUGGACGCCCAGGAAUCUGAUGUUGUCUACCUACGCUCUCCACCACCUCCACCUGAAUUGUAACAGGUGGUGCUCUGUCCUCCUGGACCUGCUGUGGUCCACUGUGACCUCCUUGGUCUUGCUGGUGCUGAGCUCCAGGUUGUUCACUUGUUAAUAGAGGUCAGUGUUGCAGCUCCAUGUUCCUCCGUGUCUCUUAUGGGUCUCUGGAUCUUUUUCUAACCAAUCAAAUCAAGGGACGCCCACAGCGGCCCGAGUCGACAGAACAGUGACGAUCUGUGCUACCUGGUCAGAUGUUCCUACCAUAGAGCAUCGGUGUGAGCAUCGCCUCUAGGCAGGACGGAUAGAAGAGCGUCUAUCAUGGGGUCCUUGUAGGGGUAGUGCUUUAUUGAACUGAUUUUAAUUCAUGGGCUGAUCAAGAAAGUAUUUAGACAGGCGGAAAAUGAAAUUCAUUGAAAUGAAAACUUUAUUGUGAAACGUUGCUGCUUAUAAAUUGUUGUUACACAAGGCAACAUUACACAUUUAUAUUUCAUGAGAGAAAUAUUUAACAAAGUGCCACAACUUAGUUACUGCGACUGUGAGAUCUACCAUGAUCCCACAUGAUCCCACCUUUAGGCAGCACUAACACCUAAAGAUGAUCUGAUUGUGUGCAAUAAUGACAUCAUGAAUAGAAACUAAAUAAAAACUGAAUGAAUCUUUUAAAGAGCAGAACUGUUUUUAUCUUAGUAGGAAAAACCAGAACAAAAACAUUUGUAAACUAUCACAGAGUAUUAGGGUCAUAAUAAGAUAAAUAGAAAUUAUUUUUGGAAGAAAUUCAUAAUAUUAUGAGAAUAAAGUUGUUAUAUUCUGACUUUAUUCUGGUAUUUUCAUCUUUUAUUUCCUUAGUGUGUCCAUAAUACUCCAUCAUGUUAAACUGGUUUCUCUGAUUAUUUAAAUCAUAAAUGUGACACAUCACUCCUUCCUCAGCAGUCUGGGGUUCAUCAGAAACUGAUGUUUCUCUGAUCUGUGGAGUCAAACCAGAUUUAAACUCUCAACAGAUUUUCCUUUCUUCCUCCUCUCUGACUUCUUUCUUUUCCAGUUGGACUUCUUGUUUCUCCUUGCAGCAGUGAGAAACUCUUUGUCUCUCUAAGCUGCUGGAAAACUGAACAGAUCUGCUGAAAGCUGAGAGUGAUCAGAUCACUCCUCAUGAUCUCCAUGGAUCACCUGAUCCUGAAGUCUCUCUGAUUGUUGGUCCGUCUGGAAAAUAUUCCUUCCACAUAUUCCUGCCUCUCUGACUAAACCUGACUCUCAGCAGGAGGACUGGCAGCCCGUCUAAAGGAGGUCUGGACCCCAAAGGUUUCAGAACCGCUGCUUUAACUGAGCCCAUCUGUUCAGGACCAACACAUCACCACUUCAUAGGAAAUGUUCACUCCUUCAUUCACUACAUCUGACCUCACUCUGGAUGUUUCUACAGACCUGGAACAUGAUUCCAGUUUAGGUUUCAGACUCAGAUUUGAAAUGUUCUUAAUAAAGUCAGAAGUUCUCCAGAAGGUUCUUGGAUCAGCCAGCAGACAUCAGAAGGUCAUGAAGAAGUGAAGGAGAGAACAAUUCAGACCCAGAUGUUACCUGCUGGAUCAGGUUCCUCUGAUCCUCUGAACACAUGAUGGGAAUCAACUUUCUGCUUACUGGAUCACUGGGAACUGACUGGUACUGGUUUCUCUUUCAGACUUACUGAGGUCCAGAAGAUGGAAGAUUUGGACCUAAAGGAGAACAGAGCAGAACCUCCAGGAUCCGUCUGUCCCUCUAUGAGGAGUGACCGGUCCAGAAAAGAUCCCCUAAACUUCAGUAAUGAACCUGGACCCUCAGACAGGAAAGAUCAGAACCUCAGACUGAGAGCAGAACCUCCAGGAUCCAUCUGUCCCUCUAUGAGGAGUGACCGGUCCAGAAAAGAUCCUCUAAACUUCAGUAAUGAACCAGAACCAUCAGACAGGAAAGGGAGGAAGAGGAGCAGCGUUGGUGAGGAGAAGCAGCCGUCCUGCUGUGCUUUGUGUCAGAAGGUUCUGAUGGAUCCGGUCUCUACCAGCUGUGGUCACUGGUUCUGCAGACAAUGCAUCAGGUUCUACUGGGACCAGUCUGGACCCUCCUCCUGCCCCCAGUGUGGGAAAAGACCCAGAAGAGGAGCUGGACUGCUGACAGCCAAUCAGAGCAGCUGUGCUCCAGAUGUUGUUCUGCAGCAGGUUCUAAUGGAACAUAAGAUCAGUCUGAGGAGGAGAUGUGAAUGUGUGACUGAAGGAAGUGAUGUAACGGGAAGUAGAACCCUCCUCAACAGGAUCUACACUGAUCUUUAUAUCAUAGAGGGUCAAAGUGAAGAAAUUAAUAGCCAACAUGAGGUGAAGCAGCUGGAGAGAGCUUCCAAGACCCAGAACCUUCAUGACUCUCCAAUCAGGUGCCAUGAUAUCUUUAAAUCCUUCCCUGAUCAUCAUGGAGCCAUCAGAGUGGUUCUUACCAACGGUGUCGCUGGUGUUGGAAAAACCUUCUCAGUUCAGAAGUUCACUCUGGACUGGGCAGAGGGCUUGGAGAACCAAGAUGUCAGUGUGGUGGUUCUGCUUUCGUUCAGGGAGCUGAACUUGAUCAGAGAUGAGCAGCACAGUCUUCUCACGCUGCUCCAUGUUUUCCAUCCAACACUCCAGAAGCUCCCAGCAGAGCAACUGGCUGCCUGCAAACUUCUCUUUAUCUUUGAUGGCCUGGAUGAAAGCAGACUUUCACUGGACUUCAACAACAGUCAGCUGGUUUCUGACGUCACACAGAAGUCAUCAGUCAACGUUCUGCUGACAAACCUCAUCAAGGGGAACCUGCUUCCCUCGGCUCUCAUCUGGAUAACAUCCCGACCUGCAGCGGCCAAUCAGAUCCCUCCUUCAUUUGUUUCCAGGGUAACAGAAGUACGAGGCUUCACCGACGCCCAGAAGGAGGAGUAUUUCAGGAAGAGGUUCAGUGAUGAAGAGCUGUCCAGCAGAAUCAUCUCCCACAUCAAGACCUCCAGGAGCCUCCACAUCAUGUGUGGAAUCCCAGUCUUCUGCUGGAUCACUGCUACAGUUCUGGAGAACAUGUUGACCUCAGAGCAGAGAGGAGAGCUGCCCAAGACCAUGACUGACAUGUACUCCCACUUCCUUCUGGUCCAGACAAAGAGGAAGAAGAACAAGUACAAUGGAGGAGAUGAGACAAGUCCACAGGAGCUGAUGGAGGCUGACAGAGAAGUUCUUCUUAAGCUGGGGAGGCUGGCGUUUGAACAUCUGGAGAAAGGAAACAUCAUGUUCUACCAAGAAGACCUGGAGCAGUGUGGUCUGGAUGUCACAGAGGCCUCAGUGUACUCAGGAGUUUGUACAGAGAUCUUCAAAAGAGAGAUUGUGAUCUUCCAGAAACCAGUCUACUGCUUUGUUCACUUGAGCAUCCAGGAGUUUCUGGCUGCAGUCUACAUGUUCCACUGUUUUACCACAAGGAAUACAGAGGUAGUGAAGAAGUUUCUGGAAGAAAAAUACAGUGAAACAUCUCUGAAGGAUUUCAUGAAAAAAGUCCUAGAGAAAUCCUUGUCCAGGGAAAAUGGCCACCUUGACCUGUUUGUUCGCUUCCUUCAUGGUCUCACUCUGGAGUUCAACCAGAGACUAUUAGGAGGCCUUCUGGGUCAGACAGAGAACAGUCCAGGAACCAUCCAGAAAAUCAUCAGCAAUCUGAAGAAGAUGAACACUGAUAGAAUCUCUCCUGACAGAAGCAUCAACAUCUUCCACUGCCUAGUGGAGAUGAAAGACCUCUCAGUUUUUCAGGAGAUCCAACAGUUCCUGAAAUCAGGGAAUGAACUGUCAGAGAUCCAGUGUUCAGCUCUGGCCUUCAUGCUACAGAUGUCAGAGGUUCUGGAUGAGUUGAACCUGGAGAAGUACAACACAUCAGAAUCGGGACGACGGAGACUGAUUCCAGCUGUGAGGAACUGCAGAAAGGCUCGACUUGGUGGCUGUAUUCUCUCAAAGGCUGAAUGUGAAGUUGUGGCUUCAGCUCUGAAGUCCAACCAACAUCUGACUGAACUAGAAAUAAAUCAGAUCUACAUACAGGGAACCAGUACAGACUCUGAACUGAAGCCUGUGUUUGAGAUCCUGGAGAGUUCAGUCAGUAAAGUAAAGAGUCUGAGGUUUUACUGCAGUUUGUCAGAGAUCAGCUGUUCUUCUCUGGUCUCAGCUCUGAAGUCCAAUCCCGCCCAUCUGACUGAACUGGACCUCCACAACAACAAUCUUAAAGAUUCUGGAGUGAAGGAGCUCUGUGGUUUUCUACAGAAUCCUGAAUGCAGAAUACAACGAUUAAUGUUGAGGAGCUGCAGUUUGUCAAAGAUCAGCUGUUCUUCUCUGGUCUCAGCUCUGAAGUCCAACCAACAUCUGACUCAACUGGACCUGAGAGGAAACAACCUGAAAGAUUCUGAUGUUCAGCAGCUGAAGCGUUUUGUAAAAGAUGUUCAGUAA